AAGCUAUGGAGAGUGUACCAGGAUUACUACCUAAAGGUUUGUCCUACCUACUAUACAAGGAGUCAAAGAAUGAAGUACUGACCCAUCUUCUAGAUUGGAUGAUAGAAAGUCUGGACGAGUCCAAGGCCAUGGCUCAACCAGAAUCAGCCUACAAGGUGCGCCAUCUCAAGAUGGGCUUCAAACUUGCAGGGUCGCUGUGUUCAUGUGAUUCCAAUGUAGCCAUUCAGUGCCUGAGUCGAGAUGUUCAGGAGAAGUUAUUAGACACAUUUCAGUCACAGUAUAUGUCCUUCUCCCUAAAACUACAAAUUAUUUCAGGACUGGACCAAACUAUAAGGCUGCAGGAUGGUAUCCAGUGGUUUUUGGGUGUCCACAAGGUACAGAAGAUUAAACAAGAGUCAGAGAAGAGUGCAGGAUUCAGUAGUUAUCAGAGAGCUGUCAAGUUCCUGCUACAGAAACAAGUUGUUAGGGUGAUUGUUGCCUUGACAACGCUUAUAAAGAAAGUCCAUCUGUAUGAAGUUAUGAGUAAAUUGAGUUUACAGCUGGAAAGGGUUAUAGAUUCUAUUCCUACACCAGGAUCAAAGUCAGAGGAGAGUCAGUUAGACAUUGAUAUGGAGACAAUAUCCUCUGCCCUGAGUGAAUCUGAUAUUGAAGCAAUUAUAACAUGUGUCGAUGAAAUUACUAAAGUCUACACUCUAGCUCCUACACUCAUUGCACAGCCAGGUCGUACUUUACCUGGUAAGAAGAUGGUUGAAGUAAAGGUCAGUCCAGAAGACCCUUAUCCUGUCUUCUAUCAUAUUGCUAAUGCAUGUCACUUGCUGGAGUCAGUAUUUGUGUUGGUAUCAUCACCUGCCACAUCUUGUGUUCCUACACUGUUUGGUUCUAUAAGAAACUUGCUACAGAAGAUGACAGAAUUCCAGCAUGGUCUACUUUAUCUGGGAAGCAAUGCUGAUGCCGUCAACAAAAUUAUACAAGCUCUUAUUCAGAUAUCUGAUUUUAAUCGGGAUGAAGUAUCAGAGGAGAAUGUCGCCCAGCAACUAGGUGUUGAACUAAUCUACUAUAUGCAAGCACUUUCUCUUGUUGAUAAACUCUUCGAAUAUCAUAGGAGGACAGACAAGAGUAUGACAGAGGAUCAGGAUCCUAUCAGUUAUCUACACAUGUUAUAUACAAUGACCUUUGCCCCCUUGGGUCAUGCUGCUGUAGUACAAGUUCUUACAUACAAUAACAAUAUAAAAGCGUUCAUACCCUUUGUUAAACUCACUGGAGAUGACAGAGAUGAUGCUAGACUAAGGAAGUCAGUGUGUGCUGGAUAUACUGCAGAGUUAAUGAACAUGAUCAUACAUCACUCAGAUAAUGUGGAGUUCUUGAAAAAACAUGGGGAAGAGUUACUGGCAUUGGGAGAGUCAGAGUUUAGCAGUAAACUAUCUAGACUAAAGGAAUGGCUGAACCCACUGAAAUCUUUCCCCUCAUGUAAUCAUGACAGUCUACCUGUGAUAAUAGAACAGUUGAAGACCUACCUUGAUGACGUAAUGAAGUUACCGCGGGGACUGAUCACCGUUCUCCGAGUAUUGAAGUAUCUGGCUAUAGCACCUGUCAAUGAAUACCCUGAAGAUAAGAAUGAGGAGAUGAAGUAUAAGUAUGUACUGGUAGAACUGUUCAGUGCUGACUGUAGUCCUAUAUUUGUCACUUUUCUCCAGAAAUUAAGUGAUUUGAUGUUACGGCCAUGGCAGCAAGGUAUUCCUAGAAAUAAUGAAAUGUUGUCUCUAUAUUUGUUUACUAUACGACCAUGUCUGGAGAUGGUUAAAGCUAUUACACAGUAUCUUAUCAUGGCACGAGGAACAGAGUUCCGUGACCUGACAACACUGCCAGUUCUGUUUGAACUACACACAGUAUUAUGCUCUGUACCAGCAUCUAGUUUGUUUGUUCUAGAAAUCACAGCUAUACAGAAAGAUAUCGUGGAUACCUUGGCAGCAUACACACAGCCUCUGUCUCAACCAACUGAGGAAAAGGACAAGAUAAGCCAGAGUCUAUGGACCCUGACUAUACGAGAUUUGCUCAAGUUUACAAUGAAGGCUCCCUAUGCCUACCUAAGUGGAUUACAGAUUCUUUCAGAGUUACUCCCCUUACCAUUGCCUCUUCAAACACGAGAGCCUUUGUCGAAGGAAGAAGAGUCUCUUGCCUUGAACACACGUAAACUCUGGAGUGCUCACUUACUUCCCCUGCAUGGAGCAUUACACAACAUUAUCCGUACAUUGUCAGCCACAAGUUGUCAACCACUACAGCAAAUAUUGAGGAAGAUAUGUUGGCAGAUGUCUGACCUUGCCGCCCCAACAGCUACCAUGAUUACACAAUGUAUAUUGGAUAUAUUAUUGGAACACAUAGAGACAGUAGGUGAGAUAAGCAAGGUAAACCCGGAGUCAGAGGAGACGAAGGUUGCUCUAGCUACACGAGGGCGGUUCCUAAAUCUGUUAGCUUACCUACUGUCACAGCCUGCUAUCAAAUGUACCAUGCUAAGGAUAAUGGGGCCAAGUGGUGAGGAGAAAUACCAGGGUGUUCUAGGGAAGAUGCUAGACAUACUAAACUUGGUGUCAGACAGACAGGAUCAUGUACAAGAUCAGGAGUGUAUUGUGUCCAUCCUACAGAGUUUAUGUGAUAUGGAAGUCACAUUAACAUCAGGGGAGUCUACUCUAACAAUGCAAGAACAGGUUGCUAAUGCUCUACCAUCGGGAGACCAGUUACAGUUGAUUAUAGAAGCUUUACUAGAACAUAUAGCCCAUCCUAACCACAAAUAUGACACUGUGUUACCGUGUAUACGUGCACUGGUCAUGCUUACAGAACACGAUUAUAGCUUCUAUCUACUGAAAGAUACAUUUGAGAAGCACAAGUUGUGUGUAUACAGACUGCUACAGAGGAUAAAGUUUAAGUUCAGCAAGGAUAGUUCAGAUUGCCUGUCUACAUUCUCUACUACCCUCGAAUUCCUGAGGCUCCUCGUCUCCACAGAGCCUCCAGAUGAGGAGAUGCCUCUAACAAGAACAAUAACUCUGUCUAACCAAGAGUUACGAGAAGUUGUAGCAUGGACUCAAGAUAUGAGCACUCAUCCACUAGUUGACCUACAGAAACUGUUGGAGGAUGGCAUGAAAGAAGAAGAAGCAUUAGACAGCCUUGUUGACAGUGUGAACAGUUUAAUUAAUGUUCUACGCAGAGACUCGCCUGAAAAACCUAAAGCUGAGAUUGCUCAACCCUCAUUGCCAGAACCACAACAACUUCCUGUUUUAUUUAACAUGAGAUCUGUGUGCACGGUAACUGAUCCAGACGAUGAAAGAUUGAGCUCUACAUUCUGGCAAACAACCUUUGAACCUGACGAACCUGACCUUGUGCCCUUUGACCUGGACAGCAUGUGUCAGAAAUACUGCAAAGAUUUUAGUCUAGAGGAUGAAUUGAAGAAAGAUAUUGGCCUUGUUUCAGAGCAGGAACUCACUAAGCCAAAGAAAUUAAAGGAUAGAAGAAAGUCUCAAGAGUUUGUGACAUGGAGAGGCAGGGGUGUCAGAAGACCAUUUGUAAUACACAUUUUAUUUUUGCAUAUUACAGCCGGCUCAAGAGGUGGUAGAGAUGGUGAGAACUCUGUAUAUAGAUCAAAGCCUCCAUUUGCCAGUCCAAGGUUCAGUGGAAGUCAUGAGAGAACAAUGUCUGGUGAUAGACGUGAUACUAGAGGUGGAAGGUUUGAGUCUCGUGGUCGAGGUUUCAGAGGAAGCUGGACUGGUCCCAGAUUUAAAGAUGAUAGAUUUAGUGGUAACAGCAUGGGAUUCAGAGGUCGUAGCGAUCCAAACAGACAUCAUAGAUCUUUUACAAAAUGAUCAUAUAUUGACAUCUUACCUAAAAUAAACAUUGGAGAUAAUAAGUGAUGAUAUAAGGACAGCUGACCCAAAUCAACAUUAGAGAUUAUAAGUGAUGACCCAAAUCACCAUUAGAGAUAGUCCACAAAGUGAUGAUACAUGUUUAUUGUCUAUUCACAUUAAAUAUACAUAUUCAUUGUGCUCUGCAUCAUAUAUUAACAAGAAAAUACUAUUAAAAUGGACAAACUUAAAAGUUACAAGAAAAUAUUUUUUUACACAUUCAUUU